UUGUCAAACAACCAUCGACUUCCGGUACAAAGUGCUCUGCUUGAACAAGUGAAAAGACAAAAAUAAUGAUUUUGAUGUUUGUGUACAAUAUUUUGGGAUGGCUUAAAGACUCGUUUGACUUAACAUUAUCGAAAUUGAAGAAUAUCGUCACAAGAAUUGCUGUUAUCAUUGCUGUUUUUGUUAUUUUGCUGUGGUUCUCUGCAUUUUUAUACGGCAGCUUUUACUUUGCAUAUAUGCCACCUGUUUCUCUAAUUAAAAGGGUGAAUUUACAAUUCAAAAUAUGUGAUGAUGGAGUAGAAAUAUGUUCAUAUCCUGCAGAUAAUAUUACUCUGGUUAAUGAAGGUCAAAGUGAGGUGUUCGCGAGGGGUGAAGCUUACAGUAUAAUAUUGGAAACUGAACUGCCAGAGUCUCCAAUCAACAAGGAAUUAGGUAUGGUCAUGGUGAAGCUACAGCUGUAUGAUAAGACUGGACAGACCGUGGCCUGCUCGUCCAGAUCUGUAAGUGUAAUGCUGCAUUACAGAUCGGAGUUGUUGCGUAUAAUUGACACAUUUGUGUUUUCUCCUCUACUUCUCUCAGGAUUUGCAGAACAAAAGCAAUCAUUAAAUGUUGAUUUUUAUAGGAACUACAUUGACGACUCUUAUAAUCCAGCCAUUGGAGCAUAUAUAGAGGUUCAGAAUUUAAAGAUACAAAUUUAUUCAGCAACACUGAAGAUACAUGCUCAUUUUACUGGUUUGAGGUAUAUGUUGUUCCAUUGGCCACUCCUCUCUGCUGCCAUAGGAACGACCCUCAAUAUGUGUCUGCUUAGCUUCAUGGCACUGUUGUCAUGGUACCAGAUUUACUACAGUAGAGGAAAUGGUAAUUCUUUUGAAUAUGAGCCAGACAGGAAACCUAAAGACAGAAGUGAAAUGGAGGAAAGAAGAAAGAAUAUACGAGAAAUGCUGGCAAAAGAAAGAAAAGCAACAGUGGCACAAAUGACAGGUAGACCUCCACCAUAUUCAGAAGAUCCAGAGCAAUCUUCCAAACUAGAGACAAUGGGUAGCAGAGAAGACUAUGAAGAUGUAGUGGACAGUCUAAUUGCACCAAUGGACUUAGAGGAUUCAGAACGUGACUUCUUAUUGCGUCAUAGACGCCCGGUGAUCUCUUCAUGACAAAUCCUACAGAUUUCAGUUUUUUAUUUAUGUAUAUUAUUAGGCCCCACCCUAUGGUAGGUGCUCUAUAGUAAUCAUUCUGUCUGUCUGUCCGUCCAUCAGCACUUCCUAUGACACAUGACAACUUUUUAAAGCUUCCUUGGGAAGAAUUUCGUAAAUUUUAUACAUAAUACUUGGAUUAGGCAGAGGAAGACCCCAUUCAAUUUUUAGAUUUACUGGCUUUGUUACGGAGUUAUGGGACUUACCAUCAGUAAGAUAAUAGAUAAUAGUACCAUAUAACUUGAGAAGAUUUUCAUAGAAUUGUAAAAGUAAUGUUUGGAUUAGAAAGAGGAAAACUUUUCGAUUUUCAUAUUUACCUGUUUUGUUAUUAUGGGACUUAGAAUUUUUUAUUUUAAAAUAUUCAUUGUGGGGCCCUCUCUGACUUUAUAUCAGUUUUCUAGUUUUUAUUUUUAUUAUAUUUUAUUUAUCAUCUUUGAUCACAAGUUAGAACCAAAUUUGCACAAAAUAUACCAAAUGAAAGAAAAAAGAUAAUAAUAGAUUAAAGAGUCAAGCUGGUAUAAACAUUGUUUAUACAUUGUGCAUUUUUAAUUCCUUACUCUGUAUUUUUUAUACUUUUCUAUGUAUUCAACGUUUGUUACCUUUGUUACAUGUAUGUAACCUUACAUGAAAAAUUUAUCAAUGAUUCGAAAAGACUUUAUGAGCAAACUGAUUUUGUCACAAUAAUUUAAGAGUGUAAAUGAUUAUGUGCAAAUGUUGGUAUAUUACUGUUGUAAGUGUAAACUGAUAUUGUAAACCAACUUUUAUUUGCGGCUACUUUAUUUCGUUAUUCACCUAAAUAAAAGUUCCUUUACAGUAUGUCACUUGGCAUUAACUGAUAGGCCAGUAAUAUUAUGCAAUAUUAACUACUGUUUCAAUAAUAUUACACGACAAUUACCAAGUAUAGAGGUGUUUCAAAAAGGUUACUGGUAAAUGUUUAUACCUACAAGUAUAUGUUGUAAAGUCAAGAUUAAUUGUGAAAUCUUUCUGCAAUUUUUUUUUUUAUUUUCGUGCUAAUUAUGGAAAUGUGCAGAGCACCAUAUAAUGAUUUUUGUUUCUGAAAGUCUCAAAACAUUGAAGAAAAAUAAUUCCAGAUAUGAGAUUAGUAUUUUCUGCUGUUUAAUCAGUAAACAGUUAAGUAGAUUUUCGUAUACACUGACGUACAAUAUACAGUAAAACACAUUUAUAAUGAAAAGUUGGGGACAAACAAUUUAAUUCAUUAUAAAUAUUAUUUGUUGUAUCUAAUAAGUUAAUGAUAUGUUUUAAAACUACAGGAGAUGAAAAUCCCUUCACUGUUGGAGUGAAUUCAUUAUAAGUGUGUUCACUGUAACUGUGUUUUACUGUAUAAUACCAUUUUAUGUACUUGCUGUCAAGGAUUUUUCCAUUCCCUCAGUUUUUGGUUUUUAAGCUUGUGCCUUUUGUUUAAUUUGUCAUGAUAAAUAUUAUUCUGUAAUAUACUCGUAUAUUUCAGUUUUUAGAUAUUGUCAUUAUCCUCCUGAGAGAUUUUCAUUUCCUUUGUCUUCACGGUCAUUUGUUUGUACAUCCGAUGCUCACAAAUUUUUCUUACUUUUGAUAAAAACUACGUGUUUUGAACAUCAGGAGUGAACUUUACUCUGUUUACAGCAUUUAUUAACAGAGCAGGGCAGUAAAUAUCUCUCUUGAAUAGUCCCACUAUGACAUAUCCUUGUGACACUGCACAUCACUACUAGAUUUGAUUUUUAAAAUUGUCUACAAGAAAAAGUAUCACACUGCAAUGUUAUCAACCAACAUUUUAACAAGGGCGUUUUGUAAGCAUUUUUUUAAUGACCAAUACAUCAGUAUUAUUGAAGGAAUAUGCUAAAUAGGAACAAUCAUGUGCAUUAUCAUCGAUUUUAUUCGUGUAACAACAAUUUAAAAAAAAAAAGGAGUGGAUCGAGGGGCUGAUGUCUGUGUAGCUUUUCCCACCCACAUGUGUUCAAAGGUCAUGAAUGUAAAAGAAUCAAGAUUAUGAAGGAAUUAGCGAUUACAUUUUGUGUUCAUUCUUUGAUAGACAUGAUAGAUGCUGUAAGUAUUUCCAUGUGUUGUUAAUCACAUGUAUCUCCUCUUUAAACCAUACACAGUGUUUAAUUAUGUGUUGUCAGUAUCUUUAUUUAAUGAAUUGCUUAACUAAGGGAAAGUAUGUGUAGUGGUAAUUCACAUGAAAAUCUCAUAAUUGCAUAUUUAGUGUAAAUAACAUCCCACACCUAGAUAGUCAUGUUUACAGAAGUCUUAUAUAACUGCUAUUGGUGAGAAAUUUAUUUAAUCUUUUUAUAAACAUAGUUCAAUAAUCUACUCCACAAAAAUGUCUGCUGUUCUGUAGUGUGGACACCUUUUAUCUGAUUGUGGGACUUUGAAUCUGGAGGAUGGUAUUAGAAAGAGAGGUACUUGUAGUUGUAACAAUUUAAUGUUUAGUUAUCGUGUAUAUGUAGUAUAUAUACUGCUCAGUGUUAUUCUAGUUAUCCCCCAAGUCUUUCAGUGCUGGAAUGUAUAAAUAAAUGUAUUUUGUCACAUUGAAUAAUGUUGAAACAAGAGAUCAUUUUUUUUAGUGCUUUUAGGCAAAGCAUGUGACUUAUGAAGUGCAUUUGAGACCACCUGUUGAUCUCGUGCUCAGUUCUUAGAGUUGUGAAUAACGAGAACAUGUGCGUAUGAACAUGUUCUUUGACUACACUACCUACAGAGGUGUGGUGAGUUCUUGUACUUCAAACCAACCAGUUUUCCUGAUGCAUACUUGGCGUUCAGGAUCGGCAAAGAACAGUGAUCUCGAACGCACUCAUCGAGUCCUGUCUCCUUUUUUAUUGAUCAUUUUGAAUAAAUUUCCAGAUUUUCUUAUAGAUAUGGCAAUAAAUGCUUAUUUUUUUGCUAUCACACACACAAUAGUUUUUUUUUUAAAAAAAGAACAUUAUGAAAGCUCUCUAAAGCAAUCAUUGUUUGACUGAAUUCAAACAAAUGAGUUUUGAAAAUUUUGGGGUCGAAAUGUUCUUUAAAAGUACUCUGAAUCUGAUUUUCAGUCCCUCUAUGUCAAGAACUUUGUGAAAGUUUCAAGUGUAUGCCAUGUAUAAUCUGUAAUUUUAAGUUGUAUAAUUGAUGAUAAUAAAUCAAUUUUAUGUUAUUUGCAGUAAGUAGUUUUGAAUCUUUUGGUUGCACAGAACUUGGAGCCAAAAUAAUAUGCUAAAUUUUAUUCAUUUUGUUAUAAUUAAAUGCUGAAUAAAACAAGAAACAGUAUGGUUAGCCUUGUACUUCAUUAAAACUGUACACAGUAAAUCAUGUGCUUAUAACAAACACGCUUUAUAACGAAUUUAUUCCCUAUGAGAGGGAAUUAUUUAAACUGUUAUUGGAUGUAACAAAGUUUGGUUAUAAUGAAUUCAUGACCCUUGCCAUAACCAUGUUGUACUGUAAUUUACAUGAUUCAAUGUUUAAAGUUAUGAAAUAC